AUGUCCGACUUCGAACAGCAAAUCAACAGCGUACGAGCCGCAGUGGGCGACGCUGAUCCAUGGGUCUAUGGCACAAUUCAAGUUUCCCCUGAUAGUCUCGACCUAUACUAUCUCGAUAAAUCGGGUCUCCCGCAAUCUCAACUCCUGAAAUUAACACCAGCCGCUGCCGUUGAUGACCUCAACAAACUAACCACCAACUGCGAUAGAGCCACCUUCGGACGCGCCAAAGAAUAG